AUGUCCUUUUUCCGGCAACAGCCUCUUAUUCACCUCCCCGGCCUGCCCAGCUCCGGUACCUGCGGUCCAACACAAAAGAACUUCAACAAACCCUCAUCUCCCUCGACGUCACCGCCAUCAUCAAAGUCAAUCCUCAACCCUUUGCUCAACUUUGUAAAACACCCUGGCGAUAUUAUCCGGGAUUUCACAAUCGACGAGGCAGGCAAGCAGAGGCUGGUUCUUCAAGCUCGCCUUAAGAAUGCAAAAAUUCACUCCGACUGGAUCGAAGCCGCUACGUUACUCGACGAGCUCGAUGGAAACAACCGGUGGAAAUCCGAGUCGGAAUCCUCGGAAUAUGAUGCCAACCAAGUUAAAGCUCGUCUCGACCAGUUGGAGGACGCCAGGAUCAGUGGCGAUAUCGGAAGAAUGUUGUUCCUCAUUCGCACGACCCUUACUAGACACCUUGGUGGCAUGGGAAAUGUUGAGCUUUACCGCCAUUCCUACGCGGGAACCAAAUACCUGAUCGAAUCGUACAUCGAGACUGCCCUUGCAACCCUCGAUGCGCUGGUCAAUGCCCCCUCCAUGGACCCACACCUCUCCCCUAGGAAAAUUCUUGAAUCUCUCGUCGCUACACGUCAGUCAUUCGGACGAACAGCACUUCUACUCUCUGGUGGGGCGACAUUUGGAAUGAAUCACAUCGGCGUCCUAAAAGCUCUAUGGGAAGCCGAUCUUCUGCCACGAAUCAUCUCAGGUGCUUCGGCCGGCGCAAUCGUUGCAGCUGUUCUGUGCGUCAGAACCGAUAAUGAAAUCCCUCACACCCUCGAAAAUUUCCCCUACGGUGAACUCGAUGUAUUUGACUAUGCUCUCGAGCCGGAAGGUGUAAUGGCGAGAGUCGGGAGGAUGAUCAAAAUGGGCGCUUGGAUGGAUAUUGCGAACCUGACAAGAGUGAUGAGGAACUUGUUGGGAGAUAUCACAUUCCAGGAAGCGUACAAUCGCACGCGAAGGAUAUUGAACAUCUGUGUCUCGCCAGCUAGUAUCUACGAGCUGCCGCAACUGCUAAAUUACUUGACCGCCCCGAAUGUGCUAAUUUGGUCUGCUGUGGCUGCCUCAUGUUCACUUCCGUUACUGUUCACACCAGCCUCGGUUCUCGCGAAGAAUCCUAAGACCGGCAUUGCAGAACCUUGGAAUGCGUCCCCUCAAAAAUGGAUCGACGGCUCUGUAGAUAACGACUUACCAAUGACGAGGCUCGCAGAGAUGUUUAACGUCAACCAUUUUAUCGUCUCUCAAGUAAACCCACAUGUGGUCCCAUUCCUAGAAAAAGAACCAAUUAAACCAAUCAACCCACAAGGCAGCAAUGGCUCCGGCGAGUCCGGCGGUUACGAAGCUUGGAAGUCAACAUUUGUUUCUCUGGCUAUGGGGGAGGCCCUUCACAGAAUAAACCUCCUAACGGAAAUGGGCAUUUUCCCCACAUCCCUAACCAAAGCAAAGUCAAUACUGUCCCAGAAAUAUGCAGGCGAUAUUACCAUCUUCCCAGAGGUACCGCUGGUUGAUCUGCAGAAGCUGAUCAAAAACCCCACCCCGGAAUUUAUGAUCGAGGCCGGUCUAAGAGGAGAAAGAGCUACUUGGCCGAGAUUAAGCAGAAUCAAAAACUGCUGCGCGAUCGAACUGGCUUUGGAUAGAUGUAUUCACCAACUACGCACAAAAGUGGUUUUUAGCGGCUCUCAAGUCGACCUUCGACUCAACAACUUCAACGUCAGCAAUGGCGAGAGAAAUGAAGAGUCGCAGAAUACAUCGAAUAUAUCGCGGAAACGGCCUAUGACUGGCGACCCCGCUGAGCUUGCGAGUUUUGUACCACCGCCUCCAAGACCUGUGCUUCCCACAAUAUCGGUUGAUGGGAAUAGACUUAGUUAUCCACCUGUCACCACGCGCGGUAGAUCGCAUAGCACAGGCCCACCACAGCUCCCUCAAUUCUCCCCGUUAAUAACUCGAAAUUUAGCUCCUGGGAAAAGCUACUUCGAGAAUCCGGUUCACGCCUCUCCAAACUCUUCUAGAACGCUGCACAACAUGAAUGCUGCGAAGAUGGUGACCCCGAAGUCUCCAAAACCUCCCUCUAUUCUACCUAUCUCAAACAAAAAUGGCGCCAAUUUAAGCGUCGGCAGCCCAUAUAUCACCAGGCAAACUACCGAUGAAGGGAUAGGCUUCGCGUUAAGGCGAACAGGCAGUCGGUACCGCCUAGUCCGCCAAACGCCGUCCUCUGAGCUCGACCCGGCAGACGCCGAAGACGAAUCUGCUGCAAUAGCGGGAAGCAGUGAAGAUGAAGAUGCCUUUCAACUUCCCGAUCCCCUCGACGACCACGAAAUCGUUGAUCUAGACCGAACACCUACUUCGUCUUCGUCAAGUUCUAUCAAUCUAGUAUUAUCAUCUGGCGAAACAAGUCAGACUAGUCAAACUACAAAUCAACCGUUGUCACUUCAACGGCGACCAUUUAUCAGUAGGAGUACGACAGCGUUACCAUUGUACCAUACAAAUACACAUGCACACGCAACCAACCCCAACAGUGACGAGGCAAACUCGUCUAGACUAAUGAACACCAGCAGCAACGAUGACCCAAGACAGGAUAAUGAAAGUUGA